UACUGUGCUGCGCUGGCUCGGCGCUUGUUGGGAUAUGGCAGCCGAUAGGGUCUUUCCUGACGCGUCUCUGAGGGAAGCUACUGAGCGAAAAUUACGGAGGUUUUCAAAGCUGAGAGGCAAACCUGUGGCAGCUGGAGAAUUUUGGGACAUAGUUGCAAUAACAGCAGCUGAUGAAAAACAGGAAUUUGCUUAUAAGCAACAGCUGUCAGAAAAGAUGAAAAGAAAGGAAUUACCCCUUGGUGUUCAGUACCAUGUUUUUGUUGAUCCUGCUGGAGCGAAAAUUGGAAAUGGAGGAUCAACACUUUGUGCUCUUCGAUGUUUGGAAAAGCUGUAUGGAGAUAAAUGGAACUCAUUUACCAUCCUGUUAAUUCACUCUGGUGGCUACAGUCAACGCCUUCCCAGUGCUAGUGCUUUGGGGAAAAUUUUCACUGCUUUACCUCUUGGUAACCCCAUUUAUCAGAUGUUGGAAUUAAAACUAGCCAUGUACAUUGAUUUCCCCUCACAUAUGAAUCCUGGAAUUCUGGUUACAUGUGCAGAUGAUAUUGAACUUUACGGUAUUGGAGAAUUUGAGUUUAUUAAGUUUGACAAACCAGGCUUUACUGCUUUAGCUCAUCCUUCAAGUUUAUCUGUAGGUACAACACAUGGAGUAUUUGUCUUAGAACCUUUUAAUCAUUUGAAAUACAGAGACGUUGAGUACACGUGCUGCUAUCGUUUCCUUCAUAAGCCCAGCAUAGAAGAGAUGCAUCAGUGUAAUGCUGUGUAUAAACUUGGAAGUUUUAGUUCAGAGUACUUUGCUGGGGGUGAUACUGCCUAUCUUAAAUUAGAUUCUGAAUAUGUUUACACAGAUAGCCUAUUUUAUAUGGAUCAUCAAUCAGCAAAAAAGUUGCUUGCUUUUUAUGAAGAAAUAGGUGAACUGAACUGUGAAAUAGAUGCGUAUGGUGACUUUCUGCAGGCUUUGGGACCUGGAGCAACUGUGGAGUACACCAGAAACACAUCCAAUGUCACUAAGGAAGAGUCAGAGUUGGUAGAUGUGAGGCAGAGAAUAUUUCAUUUUCUUAAAGGAACACCACUGAAUGUUGUUGUUCUUAAUAACUCCAAAUUUUAUCACCUUGGAACAACUGAAGAAUAUUUGUUUCAUUUUACUUCAGAUAACAAUAUAAAGUCAGAGCUUGGCUUACAACCAGUGGCUUUUAGCAUCUUUCCAAAUAUAACAGAGUGCUCUGGUAAAACAUCCUGUAUCAUUCAGAGUAUAGUGGAUUCAAGGUGUUUCGUGGCACCUGGCUCAGUUGUGGAGUAUUCCAGAUUGGGUCCUGAUGUCUCAAUUGGAGAGAACUGCAUUAUUAGUGGUUCUCAUAUCAUGACAAAAGCUGUCCUAUCUCCAUGUUCUUUUCUGUGCUCCAUAAGCUUGAAGAUAAAUGGACACUUAAAGUAUUCAACUGUGGCAUUUGGAGUGCAAGAUAACUUGAAAAAGAAUGUGAAGAUAUUGUCAGAUCUAAAGUCACUUCAAUUCUUUGGGAUCUGUUUCCUGUCAUGCUUAGAUAUUUGGAAUCUUAAAGUUAAAGAAGAACUGUUCUCUGGGAACAAGACACAACUGAGUUUGUGGAAUGCUCGCAUUUUCCCAGUUUGUUCUUCUUUGAGUGAUUCAGUUACCACAUCCCUAGAAAUGUUAAGUGCGAUAAAGAACAAGUCAACAUUCAACUUAAAUAGCUAUGAGCUGUUGUCCAUUGAAGAAAUGCUUGCCUACAAGGAUGUAGAAGACAUGAUAACUUACAGGGAGCAGAUUUUUCUAGAAAUCAGUUUAAAUAAAAAGCAGUCUGAUUUGUAGAUAUCUUAAGUGUUAUAUACUUUCCCCUUUGAGCAAGAUUAUGAAUCUGCGCAUUUUCUGUAGCAUUCUUUGGUUUCAGGAAGUCACUUAAAAUUGUAUUGCAAGAUGAUUGUAGCAUAACAGUAAUACAGAAUACAGAGAAAUCAUUUUUGAUGAAAAAAUAUUGUAAGAAUAAUUUCAGAAAAGAGAUUCUGGCUGUUUAUCACUAUUUAAAUUUUCCUUUUAAUAAGCAGGGUUUUGCAGCUUGUUGUUCUGUCUAUGUAAUAAAUAUUUUAGUAACUUCAGAAGUGUGUUCCUAAAAAUAACUUUAGAAUUUCUCCAUCUUCUUUUGGGCUUUGGUUCCAGUAAAAUUCUAUGAGUUUAUUGACAAUUCUUUCUUCAAAUAUAGACCAGUUUUGAUAGACCAAUAAAAAUGACAUAGAGUUUUCUAUUAGAAAACUGUAGACAUCCUUUUUUAAAAAUUAUUUUUAAAUUUACUUUUGAGAGAGAGGAGGAGAGAAGAGCUUUCCAUCCACUGCUUCAUUUCCCAAAUGCCUGUGAUAACCAGGUAUUCAACCUGGAGCCAGGAAUUCAAUCCUGGUCUUCCACAUAAUUGGUAGGAACUCAGUUACUUGAGCCAUCACUGCCACAUUACCAGAGUCUGUGUUAGCAAGAAGCUGGAGUCCAGAAUAGGAACUGGGUAGCAAACCCUACUCCAGUGUGGAAUCCAGGCAUCUUCAUUGAUGUCUUUGCCACUAGGCUGUGACCAGCCUCUAGAAAGGCUUUUUCAAAAGCUAAUCCAAAGCUGACAAAUUCAAAUCAAAUCAUUGCUCAUGUCAUACACAAAGUUGUCUUUUUUUAGUCAGUAGGUAGCUAGGUACACAGAGCACUAAUAUCCAUGCUAAAAAUUAUCUCACUUGUUGUUUUGUCAAAAUGAAACAAAAGCAUGUGCAUUGUAUCCUAUACACUUGAACAGUGUGUUCGUCUAUCAUAAUUGUUCCCUAAAGUUUCAUUUCACAGAAAACCCCACAUAUGACUUAGAUAUCUGUAGAGAAAGUGAAUAAUUGAGAUUCUGUGGACAUUGCAUUGUCUCUCCCAUUAACUCCUUUAACAGAACUAUUAAAUUGCCAGAUGGAUUGAUUUUGCUUUCCAUUUCUUCCCUUCCUUCUAUACACUGUUGAUGAAACUGAGAAGCAGUAAUUGGCCAAAAAUAAACAGCAGGAGGAAGACAAAAGAAUAGAAAAACCAACAAUACACAGAUGAGAAAUAACCUCAAGAAAAUGAGAAUUGGCUGGAAUCCCAACUUAUGUAUUCCUAUUUUAAUAAAAACACACAAAAGAAAUGUCUUCAUAUCACAGUAUAAUAAUUAACAAGACACAGAGUUGUCAGAGUUUCAUGUAAAAUUAAUAUGAACAAACUGGAAUAAGAACUGAUCUGUGCUACUUUCAUUUAUGUAUUAACAUGUCAAUAUAAAAUAAUUGGUAAACCAAAAAUAACUUGUUUGUAACCCUCAGUUAUGAAGUACUUAUGUAUAUGCAUGUGUGUGUUUGUUUUUUCAAAAAUCUCACAAGGAG